UAUAGUGACUUAGAGUUUCACUGCAGCCAGGUUCUUUCUUCAUGCUGUGUGGAGUUUGUCUGUCCAAAACUGAUCAAAUCAAAACAGCUAUAUCAGGCUGUGCUGAUUUCUGCCUCCCUGUAAGAUCAGGAUUUCUGAGCCAGGGGAGAUGACGGGAGAGAUCUAUCAGAAUGCAGGCGUAAUAGCAGGUGACAGGUGUGAUUCACAGGGCUGCGAUGACUCCUAUGAAGACAUUUAUGUUAACACGGACAAUGCUGAAAGUAGGAGGAGCAGGAAAACCAAGGAAACUCUCUACUCAAGACCCAGCGCUGAUGGGAGGAGAUGCCUCAGGUUCACUGCAGUGGGUCUGGGGCUGCUGUGUGUACUUUUGCUGACUGUCCUCACAGUAUUGUGGCUCACUUUUACUGCAGAGAGACACCAAUUAAAGAACAACCUGAUUAUAACGAGAGACCAGUUACAAACUAGAUGCAACAACCUAACCCAGGAAAGAGACAAGUUGUAUCGGGAGAAUAAAUUGCUUUCUGAACUGGGAUCCAGAGUAUACUACAUCUCUACUGAGAAAAAGACCUGGAAGGAGAGCAGACAAACCUGCAGAGGACAAGGAGCAGACCUGGUAAUCAUAAACAGCAGAGAGGAACAGGAACGGAUCAUUAAGAUCAUUAACACGGGUCGAGCUUGGAUAGGUCUGAGUGACAUCGACAUAGAAGGGGUCUGGAAAUGGGUGGAUGACACAGCACUCAUCACAUCGUACUGGGCGGCAGGGGAGCCAAAUAAUAAAAGUGAAGCCGAGGACUGUGGUGAGAUUUGGAUCUCUGGAGACGAGAAGGGCUGGAAUGACAGAACAUGCUCUGAUGUGGAAAAGUGGAUCUGUGAGAAAAGUAUUUCAGAAAGAAGUUAAUUAUACUGAUAAGAACUUGCUAGUGAGAUGGCAACGUUUAAGAAACAAGCUUAAUGUACUAGACUUUUAUGAAACAUGUUUUAAUUACAAAUUGAGGUAAAUCAGCUCUUUAUGGUAUGCAGAUUAACAAAUAUAGUAUUAUUUCUAAUGUCUUAUACUCAAAAUUGUAUCUGUCCUCUUGAUUUGACUGCCCCCUGGUGGAAGAAUCAGAUAUUUGGAAGACAUUGUUCUUGCAUUAUGUUUUUAGUAGUGGUAAUUUUUUAGUACAAAUUUUAACAGCUCCAGUACAUAAAAUCUAAAAUGUAUAGUAAAAACACAAUUAUGUGCUUAUGUGCUUGUGAAAGAUUACUUGUGUUCAAUCUACUGCAUUUGCAUUAUUGUCCAUUUUGUGUUUUGAUUAUAAAGAUUCUUAUGAAAAAGCACCAGGAUUAUUAUUAUUGCAACAUAACUGAAUUUUAACAGAAUAUAUCAUUUAAAACUGCAAUGUGCCAGUUCAUCUGAUAAUUUUAACAGAAUAUAUCAUUUAAAACUGCCAUGUGCCAGUUCAUCUGAUAAUUUUUAAAAGUCAUGAAAAUCUCCUUGACAAUAGAAUUUAACAUGAAACAUGAGAUCAGUGAAGUAAUUAAAUUCCACUGUAAAUAAAACAGAUUUACAUCCA